GACACAUCGAAUUACAUCAUCUCUGUACAAGUCAUUGAAUUGCGCAGUUGCUUAAGAAUGAACAGAUACUUACUUUGUUACAUGCUUGUUGCAGCAACUACAAGAGCUGCUAUAUCAAUGAAGCUCGGUCAACAGGAGUUUCAUGACGUUGGUGUGCGAAAAAGCGGAACGGGUUCGGGAGACCCUCAGUUUCACACCGUUGAUGGUAAGCAGUACUCGUUUGACGGUAAUUGCUCGUACGUGUUGCUGAGAGAGUGUCAGGACCCAUUGGAACAACCUCGUUUCUCCGUGAAUAUUGUGAACUCCAGAACAUUGAAGACCCCGUACAAAUAUGUCGUCUACAUUGACAGCGUCUACGUGAUAAUAAAUUUAGAAGGAGGAGGUGUCUUCAGAGUUGACCUACUACAAAACAAAUACUUGUCAAUCAACAACAAUACAUCCAUCCACAUUGUCGAUAUCGUAGAUAAAUGGGAAGAUAAAACAAAUGGCAUUAGCAUAAAAGAAAAGGACAAUAAAAUUGUUGUAACAAAAAAGAACGAAUUCUGCGUGUGCUGGGAUGGAAUUGGACGUGUCGAUGUAAAGGUAGACGACAGUUUCCAUGGCAAAGUAUGCGGUCUCAUGGGAACUGCCAACAAUGAUCCGGAUGAUGAUUUCAAGAUGCUCACAACAGAAGGUUUAAAAUUAGUAGAGGAUGUGAAAGAGUUUGCAAAUAGCUGGCAAAUCAAAGAUAGUUGCAAGAUCAAAUAAUAUGGUUAUUUACAUUGCAUCCACGGUGUAAUGCUCCAAUGUGAACAGUUAACAACACUGGCGAUUAAUUUACUUUACGUAAUCAAUUUUUUCUCGGGUUCAUAAGUGGAAAUAAAUUUAACUUUGCUUGCUCGUUCUUGUCUUAGCAGAUGUGAUGCUGGGAAUAUAGAAAGUAAAUGUAUAACCAACGUAUUUGGAUGUGACAUUCAAAUGUAGUUAAUACAAUAGUGAAUAAAAUAUGUGUUAAUCUAUCA